UCAUCAUUCACUUUUGAACGUGAGCGACAAACAGGGGGCAGGCCACUACUCAUGCGCCAAAGCCAAGGCCGUCGGGCCGCCGCUUUCUCGUUCCUCUCUGGAAUCAACUUGCAGGGACCCACCACCAAAUCUGCCGAGCAGCCAGCAGACCCACGGGAGCCAGGCAAGGGGGGCAACAACUUUGCUGCCACCACGACCGGGUCGUCCUUGGCUGCCAGCUCAGCUCAUGGGCCUCUGGGAGGCGCUGCCGACCCUGGUGCAUUGUUGUUUGGAGUGCGGGCAACGGACGCGAGCCAAAAAGGGCCGGCAGCUCGUACUACGCCGCUGGCUUCGGAUUUGUUUGGCGCCGGGACCACCACCAGCAGCAGCAGCGGCAGCAGCACUGGGACGACGAUGGUGCUGGCGCCGCGCGGCUCUACCAACGGAGUGCCAGACACUGUUUACGACCCAGAUCUGACAGUUUUGCCACCGCUCGACCUGCCUGGGCUGACCAAGAAGCAGUUCGGAUUGAGCGAUUCAGCGGCCACCCUCAAAAUCCAACCUGUCGCUGCCGGGGCGGCCCAGCAACGCGUCGCAAUGAACUUCCCGUCCGAGCAGCAUGUGCCAUCCGUCCAACAUACUCCAGUCAGUAGCGGGGUGCAACCGCCUGCGCUGGACGCAAUCACAAGCUCCAGCCCGGGCAGCAGCAGCUCGUUCGAGGCUACAUCGCCUGGACGCCCAGAGGACUUGACGGACCAGGCGCAUCUGAGAGGAGCGUUUCAGUCGGCGCCGAUAUCCAUCCCCGGCGCGGCAGGCGCGGCGCAGGGCUCAGCAGGGACGCUGGGGAGAGGAGGGCGGUCGACUGGCCGCGACUCUGGUUCACCUCACGCAGGCGAUAGUCUGCCAAGCGACGAAUUCCACGAUGAUGGCGUCUCGCGUCCAAUGGGCGGAUACUCACUGUCGCCGCCAGCAAAGGCCUCCCCGUUCCUCGCGGGCCAUUCGCCAAACAAACGGCGUCCGUCGGGCUUGCAGCUUGCCGUCAACGGUCUCGACGGCGGCAAUAACGCCUUCAGUCCGAACAGUCACAUCAGUCCUUUGGGACUCCAGUCUGGCAAUCAGACUCCUCAAAGUGCUGGUCCUCGGCCCAAACCAGGCAAACCGCAUCUUGCACAAAGCGCUCAUCACACCCACCUUUCGCACCAUCUUCACGGAGUGACGCAUCAGUCGCUUCAUUCUCGUCACUCUCAUGCACACACACACGGUCACCAUGCUCAUGCACACGGCCAGCACCACGGCCAGCACCACGGCCAUCACCCAAGCGCCGCUGCCUCUCAUCACGGACCUGCGCAUGCCGGUCGACUUGCUUCCGCCCAACGCCAGCUCUCGCGGGUUCAAGUGCUCCCGAGUGCAAGCUUCCUGGCGACCAGCGCCACCAAUGGGCGCUCUGUUACCAACGCGCGCGUUGUUGUUCGGCCCCGCCAGAGCGCCCCGAUAGCAAUGUUUUCCGUCCUGCGAUACGAUAGUGAGCGCGAGAAGAGUCGGAGCAAGCGGACUCUUGCCACCAACGACAUUCGUCCUUUGUCUGACAGCGACGAUGUCGUUUCAAUGUCAAGCACCGAGGGCGUCGUUGCCUCAAGCAAUACUUCAUCGGGGACAAGCAGCAAUAUUGGUGGUGCCGGCGGCGUCAGUGGCGCAGCCGGGCAUCUCUCGGCAGGGUCGUCGGGCCCGAUUGUCCCCAUGUCGCACCGCAGUCGAUUAUCGUUACCGGCCUCCUCGGGCGAGUCCACUCUGCGGCCUGCCAAUGCAGCGUCGCUGACCUCCCCUUCGAGCACACUUGCCUCGGCCAUUGCUGCGGGCGCUGCGGCACACCCCUCCGCGCUCCACAUUGAAUCUCGAAUCAACCUCAGCGACUCGAAGGACAUGCUCAACCCAUCAUUCUCCACACUGUCAUUGGCAGGCUUGCUGUCGCCGCCGGUCGGCCGAAACUCUCUUGAUGCGCAGGGGGCAUCCGCGCCCACCCACCGCCAAAUCUUGCAGCAACACGCGCUUGAUGAGCCGGCCCAGGUCGGUGACCAGCACCACGCUACUCAAGGUGCUCAGCAAUCCGAGCAACACCUUCCAACAGCAAGCGCAGCGGCAAAGAAUGAAGACAUUUCGUACUUGGCGCUUCUCAGUCCUUCCGUCUUUGUUGACGCGUCGUCGCACUCUGUUCUCGAUGUCGAGCCAUACAACCCACGCGCCCUUGACGAUCCUGAUUUACGCAUGGGCAAACACAAAACGGUGCUCACACUGCCGGCAUUCAUGGUCACAAUCAUCCCUUAUGUCAAUCGCUACAAUCUCAAAAAAGAUCUGAACGAGCAGUUCCGAGAGCGCCAUCCCGACAUUGACUUGACAUUCUCCAAAAUGCGUAGUCUCAAGCGUCAGAUGCUCGAAAUUGGCGUGACGGAAUGCGGGCUCGAAGUAUCCACUGUAGCCAAGGCUUACGUUUUCUUUGAGCGACUGCUGUUGAAGAACAAAAUUAGCAAAACGAAUCGCAAAGCUGUGGCUUCCGUGUGCUUGCUGCUCGCCGCCAAGUUCCAUGACUGCAAUUCGAAUGCAGCACACCCACUCUUGAUUGCGUUUGACAAACUGCUGGGACUUUCGCAUGAUGACGUGCUCUCCUUUGAGUUUCCAGUCUAUGCCGCGCUAGAGUUCAGCUUGUAUACGCGUAUCGAAGACGUGGAACCACACCUGAGUUAUCUUAUCCAAGAGCUGGACUACACCGAGCCCCUUUACAACAUUUCUGCGGAUCGACCUGUCAGUACGACUCCUCCCGAUUACUCGACUCUACUUGACUGAAAAAAAAAAGAGACAUUACGCAUAGUUGUCGGGUGCGUGUUUGUGUGUAUUUGCAAUAAAAUUACAAUGAAAGCA